UCCAUUUGAGGUAAGUCAUUGGCGGCAAUGUCCUCAUUUCCCCGUACUAAUCUGUUGGACAGCAAUGACACUCUCCUCGACGCCAACCACUGCGUCGACGCCGUCAUGUUCCUAAUCCAGGGUCGCGGCGAGGCUCCAGGCCGUGACAAAGUUGUCCUGUACCCGGCAAUGUCCUGUCGUUUCCCAUCCAAGCUCCAGAUCCGCCGCAAAGUCGUCUUACACACCGACGCCGUCAGGACCAAGCCAUGGUGAGUCGCAAGGCCGUCCUGUACACCGGCGACAGCGCGGCCCUGUCCCUGUCCAUGAUUGAUCCAGACCCUAGGCUCACGAGACCGUCCAGUAUACCGUCGAUGCCCUGUC